AUGCAGCAGGCUCUGGCUAUCCUUGUUCUGUAUCUAUCAGCCUUGGCCAUUGGCCAAGGCCUCCCCGUCAAUAAUGUCAUACCCCCUCCUCGUCCUCCUCCCCAAACACCGGAAGCUAUGGCAUUGAGUUUGCACGCGAACUGUGUAGACAUUGGCAUUGCCACCGCGCGCGAUGACCGAUUAGGGAGCCGGCCAGGCUCAUCAGGCUCACCAGGCUCACCAGGCUCAUCCGCAUCAAACUCACGGUCAGAAACCCCGCGUAUGCGUCGCGCAGAGGAUAUAUAUCCGGACCUCCUCGUCGCAGACUGCAAUAAUCCCCAAGGCGGAAGGCACGAGAUCCAACUGAGCCUGAACAGAUGUUUUGGCUGGGAUCCCGAGCGUGUAGGCCUUACUGUGCAGAAGAAGUAUGCAUCUUGCUUUGUUAUAGCCGUUGCUUGCUAUAGCAUUUGGACCUUCCGCUCUUUAUGA